GGACGAUCCAGAUACCGCUUGAAAACAGCGCCCAUAUACUGACAAAGGCCAUACGCUGCUUUGGGCGAGAGAGAGAGAGAGAGAGAGCAGAAACCUCCGUCCGUUAUCUCUAUAUGCCGUUUCUCUUCAUUUUCCAAUGGAGUCCAAUCGCCAACCGUCCGCUAAUAGUCCUCCACCAAAACCUUGGGAGCGAGCAGGUACCUCAUCUGGCCCUGCACCUUUUAAACCCCCAUCAGCUGGCAGCACGAGUGAUGUAGUCGAGGCAUCAGGAACUGCAAAACCUGGAGAAAUAGUUUCUACUUCUGAUAAUAAUGCAACUAUUAACCGGAAUGCCCUUAGUAGACCUGUUCCCACAAGGCCUUGGGAGCAGAAUUAUGGGAAUAGCAACUAUGGAGGUUAUGGCUCUACUCUGGGCAACAACUCUGGCUAUGCUUCUGGAACAUACGGUUCAUAUGGUGGUGUUGGGGGUUCAUAUGGUGGUGCUGGGGGAUUGUAUGGUGGUGCUGGGGGAUUGUAUGGUGGUGCUGGGGGGAUGUACGGUAACAGCAUGUAUAGGGGAGGUUAUGGUGGGGCUUAUGGAUCUUCUGGCAUGUAUAGUGGUGGAAUGUAUAAUAGUGGUUUGGGAGGCUCUAUGGGUGGUUAUGGAAUGGGUAUGGGUGGUGGUCCUUAUGGAGUUCAAGAUCCAAAUAAUCCAUAUGGUGAUCCUCCAUCUCCUCCAGGGUUUUGGAUUUCAGCUCUUCGGGUGAUGCAGGGUGUGGUAAACUUUUUUGGUAGGAUAUCGAUUCUUAUAGACCAGAACACACAGGCCUUCCAUUUGUUCAUGACUGCAAUGCUUCAGCUUUUUGAUCGCUCUGGUGUAUUAUAUGGAGAACUAGCUAGAUUUGUGUUGAGGAUUCUGGGCAUUAGAACAAAGCCGAAGAAGGUUCACCCACCAGGCCCUAAUGGACUUCCACUUCCUGGACCUCACAAUCCCCAUGUAAAUCAGAACUACAUUGUGGAAGCAAAGUCUGCUCCAAGUGGUUCUUGGGACAAUGUUUGGGGAGAUGAUGCUGGCAAGUGAUCCAAUACUAUGCAAGCUUGCACCGAGUGGACUCUGCUAAAAAAGGAGUUUGAAGGAACAAAUCUCUCUCUCUCUCUCUCUCUCUCUCUCUCUCUAUGCUGGCAAGUGAUCCAAUACUAUGCAAGCGUGCACCGAGUGGACUCUGCUAAAAAAGGAGUUUGAAGGAACAAAUCUCUCUCUCUCUCUCUCUCUCUCUCUCUCUCUCUCUCUCUCUCUCUCUUCUCCCCACCAAAAUGAACAAGAUAUGGUUUGCAGUGUGAAAUAAUUCAAUCUAUGUAACACCAUGCUGAGAUUGGUUUGUGCUUAUUGGAUAAACAGGUUGUUCAAACUAAUGAGACAGGAGCUUGGCUAUAUAAAAGUUUUCUGAGAUGUUACGGAAA